AUGAAAACCAUCACCCGACUCGUCACCUCGGCCCUUCUGCUCGGGGCCCAGACGGCCAUGGCCAACAACGCCAUCCCCGGCAACGCCUUCACCAACAACAACGGCCUCGCUGCCGCCGAAGCCGCCGCGCCCAUGUGGUACAUGCCAUCGGGCACCUGCAUGCCGUCCGCCGCCGAAGACGGCCAGGGCCACCAGACGAACGGCGUCGACACAGACAACUGCAACAUCAACAAGCUCUCCCACAACUGCCCGCCGCAGCCGCAGUGGCAAGGCACAAACACCUUCUACGGCAACGUCGCCGGCGAGCCCUUCUCCACCAUCCCCACGUACUGGUCCGCCAAGAAGUGCGCCAACACCUGGAAGAUAAUAUACUACGUCUACUUCAAGAAAGACACAGGCCACAAGAGCGACUGGGAGGGCAUAGUAGUGAGUUUCAGAGACACCGGCGGCGACAACUGGGUCCGCGACACAGUCAAGAUGGAGCAGGACAGCAACCACAAGCAAAUCAACUGGGGCGACGUCAACGACACGUUCGACGGCACGGACGACUGGCAAGCCUUCCGGCAAAGGAACCGCGACCACGGCAAGUUCUACUUUGGCAAGUUUCACCACUCCGUCCACCAGGACUGGCACACGACCAGCUUCAAGGAUACGUGCCCCCCCAACUCGGGCGACGACUUUCGCAACGGCGACUACCAGUUCUGGGCGAGGAACAACCUUCGCCAUGUCUCGGUUUUGAACCCAGCCUGGAACUGGGGCAAGGCUUCCUCGCCUGCCAAUAUUGAUCUCUGCACCUACUGA